CGAAGCUUGGCGGAAGCGGAGCAGGCUGGGGGAGUUCCUUGGACCAUGGCGGCGGCUCCGCCGCUCCGGGACCGCUUGAGCUUCCUCCAGAGGCUCCCCAUUCUCUUGAAGGGGACCUCAGAUGAUGACAUCCCAUGUCCAGGCUACCUGUUUGAAGAGAUUGCCAAAAUUUCCCAUGAGUCCCUGGGCAGCAGCCAGUGCCUGCUAGAAUACCUUCUGAACCGCCUGGACAGUAGCUCUGGCCACGUGAAGCUCAAGGUGCUGAAGAUCUUGCUUUACCUGUGUGGUCAUGGCUCUUCAUCCUUCCUGCUCAUCCUCAGACGAAACUCUGCUCUCAUCCAGGAAGCUACAGCUUUCUCGGGCCCUCCUGACCCUCUUCAUGGGAACAGCUUGUAUCAGAAGGUGCGGGCAGCUGCCCAGGACCUGGGUAGCACCUUGUUCUCAGACGCCGUGCCUCCGCUUCCCUCCCAGCCUCCCCAGGCCCUGCCUCCAACAGGCAUGGGUGCUCAGGCCAGACCUGACAGUGCUCUCCAGGGCUUCGGCUACACUAAGGCGUGGGGCCGGACAGGCUCUGCGGGCGAAAGCUUCCUCUCCACGAUCCAGAGGGCCGCAGAGGCAGUGGCUAACGCUGUGCGCCCUGGGCCCGAGAAUCCCAGCACCCAGGGGCCCUUGCCACGCGGUGAGACCUACCAGCCUGCAGUGACACCUUCAGCUGGCCACACACACCCCAGCGCUGGGAAUCUAAUCCUUGGGGCCAAAGCUGUGAGACACCAGCCUGGGCAGGCUGGAGGAGGCUGGGACGAACUGGACAGUGGUCCCAGUUCCCAGAAUUCCUCCUACACCAGCAACCUGAGCAGGGCCUCGGACUCAGGCAGUCGGUCUGGCAGCGACAGCCACUCUGGGGCCAGCCGCGAGCCAAGCGACCUGACCGAAAGGUGUGUGCGAGCUGAGGCUGUGGCCCCAAAUGACUGCCAGCAAGAGCUGAGCCUAGUGAGAACAGUGACACAAGGAUCGCGCGUCUUCCUGAGCCGUGAGGAGACCCAGCACUUCAUCAAAGAGUGUGGGCUGCUCAACUGUGAGGCUGUGCUGGAGCUGCUCCUCCGCCAGCUGGUGGGGACCAGCGAGUGUGAGCGGAUGAGGGCGCUGUGCGCCAUUGCCUCCUUUGGGGGAGCUGACCUCCUGCCUCAGGAGCAAGUCCUCCUCCUCUGCCGGCAACAGCUGCAGGAACUUGGUGCAGGCAGCCCUGGACCUGUGACCAACAAAGCUACCAAGAUCCUGAGACACUUUGAAGCCUCUUGCAGACAGCCGCUCCCUGCCCUAAGGCCCUGUGCCCAGCCCAGCUCUGCAGCUACCCUCGUGGGCCCAGCAGAUCUGCUGACCAGCCCUGUGCCUCCUCCUGGAAGCCAGGUCUUCCUCCAGCCUCUAAGCUCCACGACAGUCGAGCCCAGGAACCCUGUGCCCUCUCCUUCUCCAGAUACCUUUCCUCCUGCUCUGGAGGAUGCCAGUGAGGUCAAAACCCAAUCAGUAUGUUCUAGUGAACAGGGGCCAGGAUGUGAGCAGGACCCGGAGAGCACAGACACCCCAGAGGGAAGCUCCAGUACAUGCCUGUGGAGCCCCAACUCUUUGUUUGAGGGGAUGGAGCUGGUGGCCUGCCCCCGCCUGCCCUGCCCCGGCUCACAGGAUCUCCAGCCCGGUCCACAGAAGGUGACCACAGAGGCAUCCGCUUUCGCAUUUCUAAACAUGUGACUGACUCUCUGGGCCCCGCCGUUCAGAGUGCCCUGGUCCUCAUAUUGAGGACCCAGGACCUGAUGGCCUCGUGUCCACCGCAGAGUGGUCCUCUCGCCCCCUCUGGCCCCUCCCUCUCACCUGAGCCAGCCGAGCCCUGUGGGGCCAUCCAGUGGUCAGAAGAGUCACUGAAGAAGACAGGGCCCUCAGUGCUGACCGGCCAAGAUGGAUGUGUGGGAAAGAGGGUCACCUGGUGCCUCAGAGGAUGUCUAGAUUCCCGUUUCUUCUUGGGAAGUUGACUCUGGCCAUGCCCCUGGGAUUGGCCUCCCUCUUCCUCCUGGCAAGAGGUCUGCCAUGGCUGGAGCCACCUCAGAAGUUUCCUGCUUUAUGUGGUACAGCUACAGGGCAGGGCUUCCCCAGGGCUGUUGGCCACAGCGCCUCCGCCCCAUGCUGCUCUGACUCCAGAAGGCUAAACACAGGCCAGUCCCUCACCCCAGCUACCUCAGUCCCUGUCCGGACUGUCCCUUUGCUAGGUGCUGGCGAUGGUUGUAUGAACCUGAAUUCCUGUGGUAGCAACUGGCAGGUAGUAGGGCUGAGGUGCUGACCUGGGUACCCUGGGCAAGCCCUGCCUGCCUGAGCCUCAGGAGUGAGCACUUGUCAGGGUUGGAAACAUCGGCUCGGUUCUUAGUUGAGGAUCUGACCUCGGAUCCUCCUGUAGGGAGGUCACAGCACUGGGAGCCACAGCCUUCAGGGUAGGGCACUGGGGGGUUGUGCCUGUGAUCCAAAAGGUCUGGUUCUCAGCUUCCUUAGCCAAGUGCCCUGUGGUAUGACCAGUGUCAGGUCCCUGUAGGACCCUGCUCUGGAUGCUCAGCUUGUCACAGUCUUCUGCAGACCCUGGAAGAGUCUAGAGAACCUUCCUGUCCAUCUCAGAAGUGGCUGUGAGGCUGCGGCGUGCACUUUCCCAAUAAACACCAGUGUUUACACGGCC